AUGAAAUUAUCAAGAAUCUGGUGUAAUUGUGUUCAGAAUGUAAACAAGUUUGCCCAACGAACCCAUAACUGUGGACAGUUGAGGCUACAGAACGAUGGUGAGUUAACCAUCAAUAUAAGUUAGCGUUACGUAACUUCAAAUAUACUGUAAACUGUUACCUAAAAUCACUGUUUAGGAGAGCGAGUCAAGUUAAAGGGCUGGGUAUCGUAUAAACGGUUCAAUAAGUUCAUGGUCUUGAAAGAUUCCUAUGGCGCUACACAGGUAGUGGUACCAGAACAUUUGGAAUCUGAGCUAAAGCACAUUCGACCAGAAUUUGUUGUAGAAGUGGAAGGUGUUGUGGUAGACAGAGGUGAUCAGAAGAAUCAGAAAAUGGCUACAGGAGAGAUUGAAGUAGUGGCAGAUAAGCUUGAGGUCUUGAACACGGCACUAGCUGAACUUCCACUCCACACAAAGAUGGAUUCACAGGAGAAGACGAAACAGAUGAGCCGAUACAUGAAUCUGAGGUCGGAGAAGCUACAGAGCAAUCUACGGUCGGUAUACCUUUGAAUUUUGAAUGGCAGCUAUUGUAGUACAGUUAUGAUAUAUAUCUAUACUGCCCUGAUUUGUCCUUCUCUCUAAAUAAGGACAUUUUAAGAAUUAAGAUUUUAGGUUACGAUCUCAAAUCAUCCACAACAUGCGCUCCUACCUCAUCGACCAAUGUGGCUUUGUUGAUGUAGAAACCCCGGUGUUGAGUCAAUGGACUCCAGGUGGUGCUCAUGAGUUUAUAGUACCCUCAGGUCAGUUUCCUGGCCAAUUCUACUCUCUCCCCCAGAGUCCCCAAGUCUUCAAACAACUUCUGAUGGUCGGCGGAAUCGACCGGUACUUCCAAGUGGCCAAAUGUUUCCGUGAUGAAGGCUCCAUGCUCGACCGACAACCAGAAUUCACUCAACUCGAUCUAGAAAUGUCAUUUGCGACACAGGACGAUGUUAUUGGCCUUGUGGAAGGAGUAUUACGUUCAUCGUGGCCAUCAACGUUACCAUCCUCAAUAUCUUCAUCAACAUGUUCCUAUCUAUCGUUACCAUUCAGAAGAAUGACGUACGAUGAAGUCAUGAGUUCGUACGGUUCAGACAAACCUGAUCUGAGGAUACCCUGGAAGUUUGUGGAUUGUACUGAAGAGAUGAGUGUCACGAACUUGAAGACGACUGAUGAUUGGAAUUGUAACGCUUUUAUUGCCAAAGGGGCUGUGGAGUAUGACAAGAGGUUCAAGAGAACGGAAUGGAAGCGAUUGAUUCAGACGAAGCAUUCUAACGCACGGUGGAGGGCAGUGAAUUUGCAUAAAGAAAAUCCUUUCAAAAACUUUAAUGCCGAGAGCUUUAAAAGUAAAUAUGAGGUCAACGAAGAUGACAUUGUUGUGUUCAGGUGAGCCAUCACUUUUUUAUCUUGUUUAAGCCGAUUACUGAUCUAGAUUUCUAUUUGAAAGUAACUGUUCCUGGUUAGUAUAUUUAUGUAUAGUUAAUAAAUUAAGAAGAUGAAACAAAUUAAUGACAUUAUUUAAGUUGGGGUGACCUGGAAACAAGUCGCCAAGCCCUGGGAAUGUUACGAAACUUUGUUGGAGAAGUCUGUGGCCUCAGGUCGAGUGGCUUCGAGUUCCUAUGGGUGGUCGACUUCCCAUUGUUUCGUAUGGAAGAUGGUUCUUUUCACAGUUCUCAUCAUCCAUUCACAGCACCGACACCUGCAGAUCUGCAAAAGUUAAAGGAUGAAGAAGAUCUUCUCGAUAUCAAAGCGUUACAUUAUGAUCUGGUUAUGAAUGGAGCUGAAUUGGGAGGGGGAUCUGUGCGGAUACAUAAUUCAGAAUUACAAAAACAUGUCAUCAACUUGUUACAGUUGCCAGAGGCGCCUUUGGUAAGCUUUUUUAGGAGAUUCUACGAUUUUUUUGACCAAAAUAAAGUUAAAAUUGUCAUAAAUGUACAGUAAUUUCAAAUUACCGUAAUUUUUUUUAGAAAAACCUCAAAAUUAAAAAAUUUCAGGAAGGCCUUCUAAAAGCUCUAUCAUUAGGAGCUCCACCUCACGCUGGCUUCGCUUUGGGAAUCGACCGCUACAUGGCGCUACUGGCUGCCAACGGAGGCUCUUCCGCUUCUAUAAAAGAUGUCAUCGCUUUUCCCAAAACGAAGGAAGGACGAUGUCUGACUACAGGAGCACCAAGUGAGCCACCCAGCUACGUACUCGAUAGGUACUUUGUUCAAGUAGUCAAACAAGAAGAAAAGAAUGAGAAGGAAGUCACAAAACAGAAGAAACGAGAAAAUUCAGAAGCCGUACAAGAAAGCUCGCAAUGA